GGCUCGUUGUGCGGCGGCCCCGCCCCCGGCGCGGUGAAGGACAAGGUGACGGCGCGGGGCCCGCGUUCAGCCUCUGCCGCAGCGGCUCCAUCUUGCGAGGUCGCCAUGUUCUCGUCCAUCGCGCCGCUCGCGCGGCACAACCCGUUCUACGCGCCGCACUUCCAGCUGGUGCAGGACGGCGUGAGAAAGCGCCCAGCGGAGCCCGCGGAGGCCCCCACCACGCGGCGGGGCCUGGCGGCCGCGUCCGCCGACGAAGAAUACAGUUGUGAAUAUGGCUCGCUCAAGUUUUAUGCUCUCUGUGGCGUUGGUGGGGUCCUAAGUUGUGGCCUGACACACACUGGUGUCGUACCUCUGGAUUUAGUGAAAUGUCGAAUGCAGGUUGAUCCACAAAAAUACAAGAGCAUCUUCAAUGGAUUUUCUGUGACAAUCAAUGAAGAUGGUGUUCGUGGCUUGGCUAAGGGAUGGGCUCCAACCUUUAUUGGCUACUCCAUGCAAGGGCUUUGUAAAUUUGGUUUCUAUGAAGUUUUCAAAAUCCUGUAUGGCAACAUGCUGGGAGAGGAAAAUGCCUAUUUGUGGCGUACUUCGCUAUAUUUAGCUGCAUCUGCCAGUGCGGAGUUUUUUGCUGACAUUGCUCUGGCUCCAAUGGAAGCUGCUAAAGUUCGUAUUCAGACACAGCCUGGAUAUGCAAACACUCUACGGCAGGCUUUACCCAAAAUGUUUGCAGAAGAAGGCAUCUGGGCUUUCUAUAAAGGUGUUGCUCCACUAUGGAUGAGACAGAUUCCAUACACAAUGAUGAAAUUUGCCUGCUUUGAACGUACUGUUGAAGCUCUCUACAAGUACGUUGUUCCCAAGCCACGAAGCGAAUGUACAAAAGGAGAACAGCUGGUAGUCACAUUUGUUGCAGGCUAUAUUGCUGGUGUGUUCUGUGCAAUUGUUUCCCAUCCUGCUGACUCCGUGGUGUCUGUGUUGAACAAAGAAAAGGGCAGCUCAGCUUCACAGGUUCUUAUGAGGCUUGGAUUCAAAGGUGUAUGGAAAGGUCUGUUUGCUCGUAUCAUUAUGAUUGGUACCCUGACUGCACUACAGUGGUUCAUCUACGAUUCUGUCAAGGUUUAUUUCAGACUUCCUCGCCCGCCUCCACCUGAAAUGCCAGAAUCUCUGAAGAAGAAGCUCGGUCUAACUGAAUAGACAACUCAUGGACUGACUGCUGGCUGACCCAGUGAUGAGUUUCAUGAAACUUUUAUAUAUUUGACUAUGUAGAAAACAAACUAUAUAAUGUCAUUAUUGGUUGUGCCCUCAACUCAUGUGAGGGUUUAAAUUCUACCACUGUCAUUGCCUGAAAUAAAUGAGAAACAGAG